CCCCCCCUUCCCUUUACAAUCCACCGUUCCUCCCAUUCCUCUCCCCGCAACCUUUUCUCCCCUGGGUUCCUCUUUUCCUCUCCCGUCCACUCCACUUCCCCAACGUCUCCCCAGUGUGGCGUCGGUCAAGCGUGGUUCUGCACCGCCUACUCCCUUCUUCCUCGGUACACCUGUACUCUUUGCAGAUACUUUUCCGGCCCCCUCCGCCUAGACAUCCGCCCCCCCUGUCAAGAUGCCUAUGUCCAAGAAGGAACUCCAGGAGCUGCGCAUCCAGCCGCGCAUGUACAAGAAGCCCCCGUUCUCCGUCGAGGUGCCUGGAAUCGAGCCCGUCGAAGGCGAGACCAUCCCUCGUCGACUGCCCGCCGCCAAAGACGGCCUCAUCCUCCGGCCCGCCGAGGAUGUCGGCACCACCUACGAUGUCUUCCGUCGCUCCGCGCGCGUGUACGGCAACGCGAAGGCUGUCGGCACCCGCCGCCUGGUCAAGACGCACGUCGAGAACAAGAAGAUCAAGAAGGUCGUCGAUGGCGUCGAGAAGGAGGUCGACAAGCAGUGGACCUACUUCGAGAUGAGCGGCUACUCCUACAUGAGCUUCGUCGAGUAUGAGAAGUUUGCCCUGGAACUCGGCUGUGGGUUGCGGAAAAUUGGCAUGGAGAAGCCUGAUAAGAUUCACCUUUACGGCGCGACUAGUGCGAAUUGGCUGGCCAUGUCACACGCUGCCGCAUCCCAGUCCCUGACCAUCGUUACCGCGUAUGACACUCUGGGUGAGGAGGGCUUGAAGCACUCCUUGGUCCAGACCUCUAGUCUCGCCAUCUUCUGCGACCCUAUCCUCAUCCCCUCCGUCGCCCACGUGCUGAAGGAUGUCAAGUCCAUCAAGCAUGUCAUCUACAACACUGACCAGGAGCCUAAGAAGGAGGACCUGGAGCGCCUCAAGGCCGAUUACGACCACCUGAACAUUAUGAGCCUCGAGGAAGUGCGCAAGCUCGGCGAGGAGAACAUGGUGGACCCUGUUCCUCCGGCUCCUGAGGAGCUGUGCUGUAUCAUGUACACUUCCGGUUCUACCGGUCCCCCGAAGGGUGUCUCUCUGACGCACGCGAACGUGAUUGCCGCAACUGCCGGUAUCCACGAGAUCGUUGGCCCCUACAUUGGCCCCUCGGAUGCUCUUCUCACCUACCUCCCGCAAGCGCACAUCCUGGAAUUCAUGUUCGAGAACCUCUGCCUCUUCUGGGGCGGCACCAUGGGUUACGGGAACCCCCGCACUCUGUCGGACUCCUCCAUGCGCAACUGCAAGGGCGAUAUCCGCGAGUUCAAGCCUACGAUCCUCGUCGGUGUGCCGGCGGUUUGGGAGUCGGUGAAGAAGGGUGUUCUCAACAACCUGAACAAGAACAACUUCCUGGUCAAGAGCAUGUUCUGGGGCGCCAUGUCCGCCAAGCACUUCCUCAUGACUUCCGGCUUCCCCGGUGCCGAUAUGGGCGCCGGGCUCCUGGAUGCCAUCGUCUUCCGCAAGCUCAAGGAAGCCACCGGCGGCCGGCUGCGCAUCAUGAUGAACGGUGGUGGUCCGGUCUCCAAGGACACGCAGAAGUUCCUGUCCAUGGCCAUUGCGCCCAUGAUCAGCGGCUACGGUCUGACCGAAACAUCCGCCAUGGGCGCUCUCAACGACCCGAUGGCCUGGAACCCCGACGCGCUCGGUGAAAUCCCCGCCUCGAUCGAGGUCAAGCUGGUCGACUUCCCGGAUGCGGGCUACCUGACCAAGAACAACCCCCCGCAGGGUGAGAUCUACAUCCGCGGUGGCAGUGUCAGCAGCAGCUACUGGGAGAACGAGGAGGAGACCAAGGGCGCCUACGCCGAGGACGGCUGGUUCAUGACGGGCGAUAUCGGUGAGUUCGACAAGAACGGCCACCUGAAGAUCAUCGACCGCAAGAAGAACCUGGUCAAGACCCUCAACGGCGAGUACAUCGCCCUGGAGAAGCUGGAGUCCGUCUACCGCUCCUCUCCCGUCGUCGGUAACAUCUGCGUCUACGCUGCCCAGGACCAGGACAAGCCCGUCGCCAUCAUCGUCCCCGUCGAAGCCGCCCUGAAGAGCUUGGCCCACGACAACGGUCUUGAGGGUGACUCCCUGGAGACCCUCGUCCACAACGAGAAGCUGCAGGGCAUUGUCCUCAAGCAGCUCCAGGCUGCCGGUAAGGCCGGUGGUCUGAAGGGUAUCGAGAUCAUCAACGGAGUCGUCCUCUCCGACGAGGAGUGGACUCCCCAGAACGGCUACAUGACCGCCGCUCAGAAGCUCCAACGGAAGAAGAUCCUCGGACGGUUCCAAAAGGACAUCGACCGUGCCUAUGGCAAGAAGUAAAUCUAAUCCGACAACCCCAGUAUCAACCCCCGACCUCAAGUCCAGCGAAGCUCCUCACUUCCUCUUCGAGCGAAACCCUCCCGGAUAUUCCCCCCAUGUUUAAUAUAGUAUCAAUAUCCAUGUAUUUCAUUUCCUUCUCUUCUUCUUAUCUUGGUCCGAUUUGCAUUAUUAUGUUAUGCAUAACGCUCUGUCUCUCUCUCUCUCUCGUGCGCGCGCGCGUGUCUUAAUUAAUUGGACUUCUCUUCUUCUUCUUUUCCUCUUCUUAUUCCUAUGUCUCAUGCCUUCAUGCUCAUGCCUCGGCUCAGUUUGUAUCAUGAAUAAACUAUCUAUCUAACUUACCAACCUAACUAACUAACCGACCCAACUUAACUGCCAAAGUUAAUCAAAUUAUGUUAU